GUGUGCCACUCAACGCACGUGGAGAUAUUACACGUGUGCUUACCUAAUAACAUCCUUCACAUCCACCCACAACAACAUUGAAUUGCCCAGAUGGCACAAACACUCCCAAACACCGCUCAUACGGCUCACAUAUCGACUACUCCACACUCCUCCCACUCCGACUCUCACAGCAUCAUCCAUCCUCACAUCCACCUGGAGCCACCUCCUCCAAGCCAGGUGAACGAUCUACCUGCCGUGGAGCGUUAUCCCCUCCUUCGCGCAUUGCCACCCGCCAUGCCCUCCUUCGACGUUUCUUCCCCCGCACCCACACCGUCGAGGUCAACCACCCUCGACCAGUCGGACACCGACUUUGAGAUCGACUUCUCUUCAUCCGAUGACGAGGCCGGCGUGUUCUUCGGUACCCCCAAGCCCGUUGAGAGCAAGAUCCUCGCCGCGCUCUCAAAAUCAAUAUCCUCCACCCCUUUGACACGAGAGCGGCCGCCAGCGCCACGUCGCUCCUCGGCGCGCCUGCCAAAGCGCGACUCCCGCGAGUUUCUCCGCCGCAAAACCCUUUUGCUAAGUACGCCCGGCGCUGGGCCUGCAAGCGAGAAGAUGUGGGAAGGUGGAUUCGUUGAGCGCCCGGAGGAUGUCGACGACGAGCCUCUCCCAGGACCCAGCACACCCAUGGUUGGCCAUGAAGACAUUGCGGUUGACCUGGACACCGUCCAGCUCGACACAUUUCCUUCCUCCCCCGAGGUCACCUACUUGGAUGCCUUCUUCAACGAGGAGGAGGAGGACAAGGAGAACUCUGCUGUACCUGAGGAGUGGGACGGCGAUCAAGAGUACGACUCGGAAGACGCUUACGUCCCCGCGCCCCCCGAGGGCGUUCCCAUGUCCUUAGGAUUCUGUGACGGCCAGUAUGACCUCGACAUGUCCCCGGGGCUCGACAUGGGCGGCCUCAGCUUGCUCGACAUUGAUGAUCCGGAAGAGAUGCCCUUCGAGUUUGGCAAUGAGACCGGGGGCGCAGGGCUGCGUGUGUUUCUAGGCGCCAGCACUUCGAGCUCCGGCUCGAGCAUUGCAUCGGCCAGUGGGGCGUUCUCGCUCCACCCACACACACUUUCCCCAUUCCGCCGCCGGCGAAGGCACUCCCAAUCUAGCGGAGCAGGAGAUCUCGCGCACGAGAACCUUGUCUCAGAGGGCACAAGCGACCGCGAGGACGAGGGCGCCGAUGAGGUGCUAGAUCGUCCAGAUGUCCCCAUUCUCGAGGAGACAACGGUUGACAGUGUACCCGCCGUCAUUGGUUCCGAUCCUGCACCCUCCGAUCGGUCUGAGGCUGCUAAUCUCGACAUGGAGUCUACCGGUGCUCAGGAAACUCCUGAACUGGAGGCAUCCAUCCUUGAUGGAUCAUUCUCUUCGCAUGAGGACUUGGCGGACGGCAGCUGCAGCCACAGCAGUCCUAACCACCCGCGUGCUCAUUCGCCUUUUGAGAGCCUGGACAUGUUCUCUGCUCUCGCCAAGGCCCCAUCGUCGGCAGCUAAAGCGCCUACAUUUCUCGACACGACGGCCGACUUGAUAGCGUUCACCCCGCUCAAGCCCAAUGGACGAACGCACCUUGAGGUUGACUCCGAUUCGUCGUACGUAUCAGAGGUGGACUCACCUCGCGCUCCGAUAAUGAUACCCGUGUUCACGGUCGCGUCGCCACCUAGACAGCGGUUGGCGCGCGACCCAGAGCCUAUGCUCGUCGACGAUAUCGCUCCGCUUGAUGACGACCUCGGCUCCGCUGUUGCCCUGCCUACGCUGGAUGGUCCGUUCGGAUUGGUACUCUCGCCCUUUUCUCGCGCACCUGCUGCGAACACCACGCCUGGAAAGAGCCCGAGCAGGCUACCUGUUCUGUCGCCGGUACAAAGCGCCAAGGCGCAAAAGACUCUUGCCCGGACAGCCGCGGCUAAAGAGCACCUCGAGAACCUCUUCUCCUCCAAGCUCGGAAAGUCGCGUCUCGGCGAGUCGUCGUCGAAGGUUCAGCCGCCAGUCAAGCGCGCGUUGGUUACAUCGCGUUUGCCGUCCAAGGCGACUAUCCAGUCACCGCAAGUGUUCACCAAGUCUAAGGAGGAGCCAACCGCAAGGACUCGUAUCCCGUCGCCCGAAGCGCCAUCGAAGGGCAAGGGCAAGGCCCCAGAGAAACCGCUCAAGUCCAUCCUCAAGUCGACGAGCAAGGUCACUCAGCCCAAGCCGUUUGCCUUGAGUGCUCCGAGGCAGAAGGUUUCUGUGAAGCUGUCCGCGCCUGGCCAGUCGGGCUUACCCCGGCCCACUGCAGCAGUGGCUUCAAGCCUCCCGCGCCCCGUGUCGAAACGGCCCGACCCUCAGGUAUCAACUUCCACUGACGCAUCGUCCACUUCCAAGCUCUUCCGCAUAACGCCGAAAAUGCCAGUCGCUCGGCCCGUUGAGGCUGGCAGUUCAGUCAAGCGGCCUCCUACCGCCAACGGCAUGGCGAUGGCCCGUGUGAUGGCUCCCGUUGGCCCCAGCAUGGCUUCGGCCUCUCGCUCGGCGCUGGGCUUGCCCGCGAGACUUGCGCGCGACCAGUCUGGCGACUCCGCCGCUUUUGCGUCGAGCAUGAGUACCGGCAGCUCCUCUGGCGUCCUCUUCCACCCCCCAGCAAAAUCACCUGGGAGGAUGAUGUCGCCGCCCAAGCCAGUCCUGGGCAAGCCCCAGCGAGCCACGGGCAUGACCCCUAUCUCGAGCCGCAUGAUGGCUACGCCCCAACGUGGGGUGCCUACUCCUUCCAAGGUCUUCAAGGUAAAGUUCGGCCGAGUAGACAGUUGUCUGACAAUCAGCUGGGCACACCAUCACGCCCUGCCGCUACACCGCUGAGGCACCGCACUCGCAUGAUGCCCGUGUCCGAGGAGAGGCGGCUUAGCUGCACUCCCAUCCGUGGAGAAGAGCCACCCACUCCACUGAGGGUGACUCACCCGCGGAUGGAAGUAGAUGAGCCUCCCGCGACGAUGGACCCUGUCGUCCAGCCUCCCGAAUCCGAUAUGCC